AUGGGGUGCAGCGCGUCGCAGCUCGAGCAGGCCAAGAAGUACCUACCAGGCAGAAAGGGCGAGGCGAGGCACGACAUAGAUGACAUGCCCGACAUCCUUCAGAAGCUCACGGCCGCGAAGCAGAACGCCGCCGCCAAGGUGGCGCUCAAGAUGCUCCUCGACGUCGCCGAGACAGAAAUGGCGUCCAGCGCGGUGGUCAGGUCGGGGAAGGUCGUGCCCAAGCUGGUGGCGUGGGUCAGCAGCAAGGAUCCGGAGGUCAAGGCUAACGCCCUGGACUGCUGCGCGCUGCUGUCGAUGCACGACACCGGGUGCGCGGAGGAGAUCGGCACCCCCGAGUUCCUGACGCAGGUUGGGAACAUGUACAAGGCCAAGGAUAAAAAACUCGCAGAGGCUGCCGCGCGUUUCUUCAGCAAGGCUGGCGGGAACAAGACGGUGCGACAGCGGAUACUGGACUGCGGCGUGCACAAGCAGCUGUGGAUGAUGGUCAAGAGUAAGAAGGAGAGCGUGAUGAAGCUGGGUCUGAUCGGGUACUCUAAACUGGCGGACGAUCCGGCGGCGGCGGAGAAGCUGUGCGAAGAUGACGUCGAGGAGCUGGUGAAGUUUUUCUUCAUUCGCAUCGCAAAGACGGAUGACACGGACGUGGAGAAGUGGUGCCUCAUCGCCGUCGCCAGGCUGUCGCUGGCCACAGAGUUUGGUAACAAGCUAGCGGCGAUGGAUAAGUUCGGCGUGCUCUUCGUCAAGGCCAACGACACGAUCGCGGGACGUAAACUACCCGCGGCGCUGGCCAUCGCGAAUCUGGCGACAAACAAGAUGUUACGCGUGAGGCUGAUCAAGUACAGGGCCCUGCAGCUGUUCGUCGAGAUGUCCAAGGUGUCGUCGAACGCCCGACGGGACAUGCAGGACUUCCAGAGGGUCGCCGCGCUGGGUAUCAGGAACCUGGCGGGCUCGUUCGACCUGAGGGCGCUCGCCGGAAAGAUGGGAGCCCUGGAGGCUGUCGUGAAGAUGCUGCGGUCCAAGGACCUCGACGUGGCUCGAUUCGCCGCCAAGGCUGCGUCGGAGCUGAGUCUGCACGAGGAGAACGGGCGUAAGAUGGUGCUCGCCGGGGCUUUGAAGCCGCUGAUCGACAUGGCAAAGAGCGGUGACGCGUACUGCGAGACGGAGGCUGUCGCCGCGUUGGCGAACCUCGCGAUGGGCGACGAUAACCAGAAGCAGUUCAUGAAGGAGGGGGGCAUGGCAGCCAUCGAGGUGAUGACCCUGUCCAAGAACCCGAGGGUGCAGCACAACGCCAAACGGCUGAUCUCACGGUUGAGGCUGGCGAAGAUGAGAACGGCGGCGAGGUUCGCGGCUCAGAUGGCGGCGUCGCAGAAGGAGCUGCAACGAAAGAGGGAAGCCAUGGGCUACAUGGGCGGCGACUGAGCGGGUAGCGCUGAGAACGCCUUCGUAGAAGAAUUGUUGGUUAAAGACGGUAGAUGUCCUACUC